GACCCGGACGUUCGAGGGAGACGUACCCGUCUUCUGUAUCACGUACACGCAUCAGCCGUACGCACGUUGUGCGACGUUUCUCGCUGUCGUUCGCGCACGUAGGAGUUCGUAUCCAGUUGCCGAUCUGUGUGCCCGUACGUACCGCGUACUCUAUACACAUGUGUGUAUAGAGGGAAAAGGAGGAGAGGAAGAGAGAGUCAGUGCUCCGCAAAGGACCUCGUGCACGCGGUACACGAGGCCUCCGCAAGACGAAGCGGAGCACGCGUUCCACGAAAAACGCAGACGGAUAUUUAAACGCAUCGGGCGCAGAGGCAAGGGAGAGGAAGAUACACGGGGGAGGGAGGGAGAGAAGGCGAAGAAAAAGCUCUCGCGUCUCUCUGGUCCGCCUCGCCGCCGGCUUUCCACGGCCACGAAUCGAUACCACGCGACCGUCGUCGUCGUCGUCGCCGUUGUCGUUGUCGUCACCGUCGUGUCGGUCGUUCCUCUCUCUUUUUCUCUUCCUUUCUCGACGCGUGAUCCUUCUCUCACUUAAAAGUUUUCUCCGUUGUCGAGUAUCUUCUCGGAUCCGAGGGAAGCAGCGCCGCGCGCGCUUCCUCUCGCGAGGAUCGCGGAGAAACGCGUACGUCCACGAGGACGACGCUCAACGACAGGUGCAUCGCCUCGCGACGAUCUCCGAGGCGCGCGAUGCAGCUCGAAGCACCUCGGAAGAGGAUGGCGACGAUCGUUCAUCUGCCUGGAAGUCUGUCCUGAAAGCAGACGGAGUUUGUUCCACCCCGGGCGAGACGCCGAUCGCGCGCGAGGAUCUGUCGGAUCGCCGAGACGAUCGGCCGGUGUGAACUAAUAUAAGUGGCGGUUCAGUGACACGUGACGUUACCUGUUAUCCGCGUCUGUUUUUUCUCUUGGUGUGUUCUGUGACGAACAGGUAACGUGGCAGGUGGCUACAACAAACCAGCUCUCGUUCUCCGCAUCCACGAAGAUUUCUCAUCGCCGUCGUUUGCCCUGUGAUCGUCGUAAAAUGUAGUAAAGGCCGGUUGUGGAAGGAAGCUACGUCCAACGAAUCGAAUUUACAGUGCAAAUUGGUGCGUUGGGAAACAGGAAGGCUCAUUCCGGUUUCCACGUUUGGCAGUGAAUCAGGAGCGAUAACUCAUUCGGGACGUAAGCCAGCACUCGACCGCCAGAGAUAUGUUCGAACUUUGCAAUGGAAUGAAAGCGGUGAUCGAUAUGUUUGUCGAGUUUGUAGGGAGGCUGUGAUGAGGGAAGUCGGCUAAAAGGAGCCCGUGUCGCGCAAGCGCCGGUAGAGGAGUAUAGGAAAGAUGCCGCUUUCCUUGAGAGUCUUAUUAAGCCCGCUGCUGCUUCUAAUCAUCGCAGGAAGCACCGGCGCCUUCAGCUCCCGGCAAGGAGAAUGCUCGUUUCCAGCGAAGUGGGAAGGCACGUGGUUCCAAAGUGGCGUGAGGCAAUCAAUAGUGAUAUCUAAGAACGAGUUAUCCACCAAAGGCAGUUGUCUCCACAACGAAGGCGAUAAGUUUCUCCUAGUAGAUCAGAAGUCAUGCUACCGCUGCGUCGUCAUUCACGAGAAGCACUCCAACGUUCUCCAGUACAAAGAGACUUACUGCCACAAUAGGAAUUCCCUGGCGUCUCUCUGCUCGUAUAUCACGGGGGAUGCGUUGCUAUACUCUAUGUUCCGCGAGGAAGCACCCCCCGUAGCAUGCCCCUUUCGCGGACCUAUGACCUUUUCGUAUAACCGUGGUCACGGUACGUGCUCAAAUCCACCAAGCAACGUCGACACCUGUACAGAUGAUAGCAGACUCCUCUUCAAGUACCAGGCCUGUCCCGAUGUACCCGCUUCGGAGAGCGCAGUCGAGGAGCUCGAAUGCUUGGCCACUUGGAAGGAGGGCAGCAGCCGUUACCUGGUCGGCCGGUUGCAUCACGGCCACGCGUCCAGCAACGAAGAUCGAUACCGAUGCUUCGUUUACGAGAAGGCUGGCGGCCAGACGGUGCAGGGUAACCUGAACAGGGCUGCUAUGGGGAUAGGAGCCAUAGAGCACGAGGUCGCCCUACCGGCUGGACCGGUGCCCGAGGGAGGUUCUGCUGAGGUGUACCGGGUGGCCCAAAGCGGAGACGCCACGUGCAACGGUCUGUUCAGUCCUAUGGAGGGCUCCCGAACGAUGACGCUGAGGAAAGUCUCCUCCCCGGGCGAAUGUCGGUUCCCAAAUUGGCUGACUGGGCACUCGAGCGGUGGAUUGACCUGGCACACUCUGGACCUCGGCAGAUCCUAUACGUUUCAUCCGCGAAACGCGUCCCUGCACGUCACCAGAUCGAACGCAACUUCGUCGAGGUUCGAGAGCAGCUUCAUGGACCUGCAAUACGUGCCCGGCCCAGAGGACCAGGACGUGAAGAUCCUUUGUAACAGCAUAAAGCAAUCGAAUGGCGCACAAACUAUGACGAUGACAAUGCUCGUAGCGCACUUCACUAUCGGCUGCCGGAGCGGUUUUAUGUGUAUGACGUUCUACCGACGUGACGGCCACGUGAUCGAGCUGCAAACAGGAAGUACAGUAUCGAGGCCGGAAGAAGCGUGCAGUCCACCGCAUUUUCUGCAGCAUAGCAUGCCCUUCCUUACCUUAGUCACGAGUUCUCCGGAACUACGCACCUGUCCAUACCUGGGCAAGUUCACGGUGACGGGCGUGAAUCAACGGAAUCAACGGAACACGCGCGAGAGUCGCAGGAGCCAGCAUCCACAGGAAUCGUUGCCUACCCGACGCGACGGCGAGAAAGUGCGCCACGCCCAGGAGAGGAACGAGGACCGGCGAAGCCGCAAGCUGGAUUACGAGGUCGAGAAGCGCCGGGCUAACAACGAAUACCUGGUCCACGAGAGGAUGGGCCGACGAGCGCGUUCGAAUCGCGGCUGCAACCGGGCCCACAAGGGGGAUUACAGUCUGGAGAAGCCCUCGGAAGCGUGGAGUUCCUCCGAGCUGGGAGAUGUCCGGGUUCUUCAUGACCGAGAACGCAUCUCACGAUUGAAGGUGAGGAAACCGGACGCCUCGGAUUCGGAACAACAUACCGCGGAGAGCAAAUUGAAGGUGAGAAGAUCGCGCGCCGUCAAACAUCCAGAGGAACGUAGUUCACAAGACAUGAGACAGUCGAGGGACAUCGAGAUGAUCAGAAACGAAAGCGCAAAGAUCGGAAACGAAACCGAAAAGAUCGGAAACGAACUGAACCAGUGGCAGAAGGCGAACAGGUCGAGAAGACAUCCAAAGAUAGAAGACUUUCAGAUAGAUGACGCGAUCGGACGGUUUUGGGCCGUUGAUCCGGACGACAGCUGGACCACCAGCACGCUGCAAGUGCAGGAUGAUUAUUUUGGGGAUUAUCUUGAAUCCGAGAGCCUGCCACAGAAGAGAUCGACGUCAGAGAGUUUGACUGGCAAGGGUAUGACCUAUAAGGACCUCCUGAGGAUGAAGAGGGAGCUCGAGGAGCGCGAAAAGGACGAGGACGCCCCGGAAAGACGGGAGAAGAGGAACGAAGAUGAGUCUAGGUGCAGCUCAGAGGUGACGACCUUAACCGUGGGCUGCUCCACAGCGGACAGGAUGGAGUUUCAAAGUGACUGCCUCGACGACGACGCUAUCACCGCCUACUCCUGCCACGGUAGAUGGUUCGACGCCGAGGGCACGCAGUUCGUGAUCGCAACCCCGUUGGCGCGCAGAACAGCGUGGUCGAACAGUGAGAACAACAGGGCACAGCCCUACAGAAACACCCGUAGACUGUGCUUCAUGUACAAAGAGAGUGGCGGAGUUGUCAGUUUGACUGCCAGCCCCGUGGCGUGUCAGAGGGGCAUCCCGCCACCCGCGCCGAUGUUGGCCUUCAACGCUACCAGCACCGGUCAAUGCAUGGAAGCGAACGGCGGGCAGAUCAGCCGGUCGACGUACCUGAUCGUCCUGCUGACGGUGGUUGCCGCGAUAUUCAGGUGAUUCUAAUCGAAAGCGCGACAAGUAUUCAGCUUAAGGGUUCGGACUCAACAAAGCGGUAUCGGACACUCAGUGAUCAUUAUGUAGGAGAUAUUCGCGACAGUGAAAUCGAUCGUCGACGCACGAAAAAGUCGUAAUGAUGAAGAGAGUGCGAUUUUAUACCGCGAGCGACGCAAAGAGAUGCAAGAAGAGAGAAGCCAUCUACCCGACUUAGGCGCUCGUGUUCGUGGCUCCUGUUAGUUUCUUCGAGCUGUCGGGAAAAAUUCGUGUUCGUCGUUCGGUCGUCGUUCCGAGUGAAGAGGCAACCGCGUCGCCGACGAGAACGAAACGGAUCAGAAACGACAAGGAGAAAAGGAUACAAAAGAUUAUCUGAAGAAUCGACGAAAGAUCCGAAGAGAUCAGUGAUUGUUGAAUUUUACGCACGACUUCGACGUGCACGAUUUAAGGGUCGUCUAAAGUAGGAAAAGCGCGUUGAACGGACCCCGACGACGUGGUCCGCGAUUGAAGCGAUCGAGGGAAAAUCGAGCGUGAGUUUUCCCCGGCCAGUAGUUUUUUUUACGGGACAUAGCACAUAGGUACUAGCUAAAAUUCAAGUCGGGCGAAGCUAACGAAGUUAUUAAACGAUUUUUAUGGUUAGACCAUAUCACACGAUGUCGGUGAUUGCGACGAUCGACGCGAAUCUUAAUCCGAAACCACGGGGCGCGCGAGCACUUUUGUAAGUUCAAUCGUGCCAGUCCUUUCGUUUCGGUUGGCGAGACGCACGAUCGUCGCGUUUUAAGACGGAGAGAAGAAACGAGAAUUACAUGAAGGGACUAUGUAUCCUCAAUAAGUGCAAAAAGGCAGAAGAGCAUUUACUCGGUAAAUAUUUUCUUCGCCGGGCGAACGCUCAUUUUCUUUGCUCAUUCUCGGGCAUAUACCCCCUCAAUAAAUACCGAGUAAUCGACGACACGUAAUAAUUAUAUCGAUAAUUGCAUAUAAUUACACGCGACGAGCGUUGUCGUUUUAUGACGAGGAGGAUCGAAACGGAACUUGCUUCGAACCUGACGAAGUGACGCCACGAAGGGAUGAAGGGAAAUGACCAUCGGUGAGUCGUUCGUCCCCCGCAGGAAUCAAGUGUACGACAAACGAGCACGAGGAUAGUGACCCUUAAUUCGACGUAGAAUCCUCCAGCGGAGAACAAAUAUAUCGUAUUAUUUCACUGGACCAGUCAAAGACCAGUCAAAGCUUGAGGAAAGACGAGAGGUUGUUAAAUGAGAUGGAGGCUACGUUCUGGAUGUCACCAGUGCGCCGAUUCUUCCUCGGGAUUCACGACUCACCGCGUUUUUCUUUGUUCAUGCAUCGAGAGGCCGCCGGGAAAUCGCACGCCGCGCGUUCCACAUCGCAUGAAAGAAACGAACGAGUAAUCCUUUCAUCCGUAUUCUCACUUUUUACUAUCAUCCGGGUGAACACGACGCAACGUUAAACACGGUCGUCUGUUUCCAAGUUUUAUUCGUCGGGGAUAAAGAUCGCGUCACCGUGCCACAUCGCCGUAAAGUCGAGGGGUAAACUGCCUUUAACGUUCGAGUACGCGAUAGCGGCAUGAAGUUGUUGUCCCUUCUAAGAGCAAUCGAUUGGCUUAAUCGCGACUGGGUGCGCGCGGACGGCACCUCUUCGGCGACCUGCUCGACGCGAACGUUAACGUAAGCAAUAAGCAAUAAAGAUACACGAUACACACGUAUACAGAGACACACAUGUACACGCAGACACAGGCAUAUAUGCGACAGCGGCACGCUCACGAGAAAACGGUGAUAACGAAGAGGAGGUUGCGCUUAAGGGAGGAAUCGAGUGUGAACACGUUAACACGAAGAAGGAACAUGAUUAAUCAGUUCCGAUUUUCGCGAUCAAUGACGACGUAGGAGAGCCAGACACGACGUGUAGAGGAUGCUACGAUAUUAUUGUAACUAAUACAGAGUCUAUAUUAUAUUAUUGUACAACCAUCUUUGUAAUAAUUAAGCCGUAAUCGAGUGACGAGAGACGUAGAAGGAAGAACAAACAAAGGGGAAGUUAGGUGAGAGCGUGAGAAAAAGAGAAAGAGCGCAUGAGUGAAGAAUAAAGCAUGCAUGUGUGAACAAGUGAGAAAAGGAGAUGAUGAGAGCGAGAAUGAAAGAGAGACACGAGAGAGGGGGAGCAUAAGAAAGAGCGAAACCAUAGGAAAAAGCCAAUCGCUAUUUUAGCACUUUUUCAAUCGCGUUGUAUGUAGUUUCUAUAUCGUUACCAUUUCCGUCGGAUCUGAUUUGACCCAACCAACGACGUCGGCGAGAGAUCGAUUCUUGAGGAGAAGUGAAACGGCGGACACGGAGGAAGUGUCAAACAAUCAUUCGUCAUUCGUUUAUCCAUGUCUGAUCAUUUCUGUCUCUUUCCUUGGCAGAUCUCUUCUGAACUCUACUGAAAAUUGCUCGCGGCACUGUAAUACAUGUUCACAGGAACACUUUCGGCGAUCCGUGUUAAUCGCUUUAUAUCGUUUGUCUCUGUCUCGCAAUCGAUCGUCAAGACAUUAAUCAUCACACGUUAUAUUUCACGCCUGCUCAAGGAUCCUCUCGGAUAACGUACCUCAUUGGGCAACGGUGACUCCGUUUUCAGGGUUCUCAGAAGAGAAGGAUCGAUCGACUUUCGUUAACGGGUACUUCUCGAUACACUGUGAAGAUAUCGAUGCGCACACAGAGAUCGUGCGAAUGACGCAAGCCACGUUGCGAGCGGCGCGUUUCUCAUUUUUCACCGCGACAGAUAGGAUUUAGGAUACUUAGGACACACUUAGCGGUUAGCAUAUUAGGAGCCGUAUUGUACCUACGAACGCAGCGUAUACAUAUAUACAUAUAGCGUAUAUUACAUUAUUAAGAUCGGAUCUAGCCGUUAAGAUUUCUUUAGCUUCUUAGAGGUAAUAAGCUCAUUGUGAACAGCAAUCAGACCUGAUCAGAGAUGCCCCGCGGUCACAAAUCACGUACGUACAAUCCCGAUCAAAGUCCCCCGAUCGCCUCUCCGGUCAUCGUGAUAACUAGAGAUCUCACUUCGAUCGAGCGUGCGACUAUGGCUGAAGAGACCAGAAGAAACGGGAGCAAUAAUAAUUUAAUCUCUUAAAAAUACGAAAACAUAAUCCAAAUUCAAUUUUCUUGAAGAUCCUGAUUUUUCAAAAUCCUCAAAUAAUGGAUUAGUUGUGUCUAAUAGUUUGAUACAAAAACUUCGCAUGUUCCGCAUGUUCCAAAAACGAAAUAACGAAAAACGUAGUAAGAACUUUGAAGAAUUCAAAGAAUCCUUGUGAAAUCUUACGAAUUGGGACACUGAAUAAGAUUAUCUAUCAAAAAUAUCAAACAGAUUAUCAACUGUUUGUUAUUCGACAUAUCGCGAUUAAUGGAAGAAAGAAUAUUAAUAUAUCCUGAAGCAUUCGCAGACGACAAGGAUGGUCACGCAUCAGAUGCGAUGUAAUUAUUUAAAUAAUAUUAUGCCUACAUUAUUAGAUAAAUGUAGGUAUUUCAGUCAUAUAUAUUCCAAUUUCACAUAUAUUUCUGUUUGCCUUCAUAAAUAGUUACACAGCAAGAGCUCUAAAAUGCAUGCAAUAAUUAGAUUAACCAACGCUCCCGCAAGGAGAAACAGGAAGGACUCUCGAAUUUAUUGUCGUAUUUUUAUUUUUUGAUAUCGAGAGUCUCGAUAUCAAAAAAUAAAAAUGAUAAUUCAAACAUUACUGCAUGCGCAUUUUGUUUCGUGAUUUUAUUCUUUUUCGUUGAAAGCUUUCUGAAAUAUUGUUGUACUGCUAAAAUUCCUAAAACGAGCAUCGUUCUAUUGUCAAUUUAUUUAUGAAAUUGUAUUUUAUUAUUUCCAAACAAUUGCGGUUUUAAUUUUAAACUGCGGACACUCUGAUGGAGAGAGAAAUGUACGCUGAUGAUAAAUGUAACUGAGAUAUUUCGAUCAUCGGUUGUAAAUAAUUCAAAUCUUGCAUGAGAAAGCUUUAUUAACAUAAUGUCUGACACGAGUGCAGAGAGAAAUGAUCAUGUUUCGAAAGCGGAAGAACGCGAGAUCGUCCAACUGGCGCUCCGACGAACGUUCGAAUAUUCUAUUAUUUUCGAUUUGCCUGGCGCAAACAACGUCGAGGGAUUCGAUAAUUAUCAGAGCAUCCCCAAACAUCGUUACUAACCGACCGCCUCCGCUCGCACAGUUCGCGCUCUCUCUCCCUCUCCCUCUCUUGCCAAACAUUAUGCGCGCCGCUUAAUGAGAUUGAUGCAAUCGUCCGAUGCAUUUAAUCCUGCCAAUUUACAUUGCGUCCUAAUAUCGUGCGCGAGCAUUCCGCUAAUGGAGUCACUAAUGAGAAACAGAAACAUUCUCCUAGCCCGUGCUAUUUUCGAUAGAUUAGACAAUCGUCGACAGAAAAUUGUUAUCGACCAACCCCCUCCGUGAGAGGAAAUUUGCACCACGUGUUCACCUGCGCUUGAUAAUUUUUUUUUUUCGUCUGAAUUGUAGGAAAUUAUAUUCAUGCAAAAUAUUGAGCACGACCAAAUAUAGACUCUAUAUCACAUGACAAGUCAAUCUACAAUCUGACAGCGAGUCCUUCGAAGAAAAACGUGAAAAUUAUUUAUAAAAAUAAUUGUUCGCACUAUUUAGUUUCUGAUAUUGCAGUAAUUAAGCUAGACAUUGAAAGCUUGUUAAAAAGUCCAUUUAGUUAAUUAACGAAAUUAAACAAAAAUUUUUGUUUCAUUUAUUGGCGUUGUUAAAGUUUUAGUCAUUAAAGAAUCAUGACGUUUGGGUUUGCUGGCUAAGAUCAACGUAUGUAACUCAAAGAAUAUAUUCUGAAUUUUUACAUGCAACAGUUGUUUGUAACAGCGUCGGUCUUAGCUCAAUUUAAUCGAAGCACUCGCGCCGGUGCACAAACAAUCUCUGACGACGAUAAGACGCGCAUUUCGCGAAUGCACCACGUACGCGGUUGAUUUCACCGCAGUGCAGAUGUGGCUUCGAAAUCGUUGUGAAUACCGAAACCCGGAUUAGAACACCGCGUUGGGCCGUCCUGGCUGACGGCGUGGCGGCGAUUAACGAUUUUAUGGAAGCUCGUCUAAUGGGAUUAUCGGAUUACUUCCGUGUCGGUACGAGCACUCGCGUGUAGUUUAUUACUCCCAGCACCGAUCACGUUAUGAAUUACGUUCUCAUUCUUAAAUCUCUGAUUUAACUAUCUAACUGAUUUAACGGUAUUCCUCCGAGAAUUCUCUCUAUUCCUGUAUGCCCAGUGUUUGAGGAAAGUUGGCCCCGUGACAAACAAACGGCUCGAGUAAGUUGAUUAAUUUUGCUUUAAUAAAUUGAAUCAUAUUAUUUCGAGAGCAACAGUCCAAGAAUUAGAAACGUUUGUUAAUAAUAGCACUAUAAUAUUAUUCCAAAAAUUAUAUAUAUUAUUCUUUCCAUAUAUAUUUUAUAAAUUUAUCAUAAUUCCUUUUUUUAUACUAUAAUCAGAAUUUUUAGAUUGUUUGCUCAUGUUUUUUAAAGGUACUGUUUAUGCUUUUGAUCAAAUUCUAGAUUGACGUGAAAUAAUCCGUUUCGAGGGAGAACACGUUUAUGAAGAAUUAUUAAUUCAUGACUUCAUUGCAAAAUAACGUGAACCGAAUAAUCUUCUGAUUCAGUUGGCCUUUUUAUUUCUGUCAGGACAUCUUUAGCAAUGUAACUAUGACGCAGCGUGUCAAAUAUUAUUUGCUUUUACUUCCAUUAUGGAACAUACGGUAGAUAAAUGUACAAUUAAACAUAUUUUGGGCUUCAUCAAGUUUCACUGGUUUUCGUCCUUAAUAACAGAUAUUAUUCUGGCCAUUUUUAUUGUUGUAACCUAAUAGCAGUUUUUUUAUUCGAAAAUAUAUAUAUAAAGAAAGAGAGAGAGAGAGAGAGAGAGAGAGAGCAGCGAGACCGCGUUUCCAUCCUCCAAAAAAUAAGGGAGAAGCAACGAACGUGAUCGCGAGAGCUUGCAAUUUAUAUCGUCAUAAAUAUAUUUACGGUUAUAACUCCAACUUCGAUAUCACGAAACGCACGACGCUUUAUUUCAUAGCUUCCGGAAAUAGAUCCGUCGACUUCCCGCGCCCCUGGGAUCGAUACUCCGAUAAAAUCCUGCCCGUCCGUUCCCGUUCAAAAACAAUCCGUGCUUAUUUCCCUGAGCGGAAUCAUUUCGCGUAUCCUCGUCGAAAUCGUACAUGUAUCCGACCCGCGAAAAGACCUGCAAGAGUAUUGGAAAUAUUCGGUCCAUUGGGACAACUCAUGUCUCGUUAUAAGUCCUUCAUUAUUAAAAUUCACCGUCAAGACCGCCAGAAAGGCGAAUGUAUACGCUAAACUAAUGGCUUCAUUUAAUUGCAGACGUGGUCAAAACCAUCGAAAUUGAUUUUUUUUAACUUUUGACAAAGUAGUUAAAUUACCUUUGGAAAAUCCGCCAUUAUAUUUCUCUUGUAUACUUAUUUUUAAUUUCAAAUUUGAAGUUUCAACAUUUGUUAAACUCACGUAUAAUUCAGCUAAAUUAUGCAAUAUUAUUAAUAUCAGUUCCAUAAAUAUUAAUAAUUAUAUAAAUGUUGCCAAUUAUGCAAAAAUAUAUAUUUAUUAAUUGUAUAAAAAAUAUAGAAUGAAAUAGGUCGCGUCCUUCUUUAACAUGCUUUAGUUUCUUGCUUGAUUGUAUCCUUGUUACAGACAUAAUCAAGUUUCAAUCUUCUAUCUUAUUUAAAGAUACAAUAAAAAAUUGCAUUAUAAUGAGAUAUUGGCUUUAAGGUCUGAAAAAUUGUCAAUCGAGCCUGAUGUAUCGGUUCUGUUCAUGAUGGGAAUUCACGCACACACGUCUCGUUCACGACUUGAAAACCGUCGUCGUCCGGAGAUUAGAGUGCCUCCGGUGCCAUAUGGGGAAACGACGAAACUUCCCCCAAUCUGUAGGAGGUAACGACUCCCGCGUGUGCGGAUGAGAACCGCGAUGCGUCUCGAUUACGAGAGUACAAGGGAGGAAAGAAAAAUGCGACUCGCUGAUAGCUCGCGUUUUUCACGGCUCGAACGCUGGAAAGUUCUCGAGUAUCAUUGUGCCGCGAAUUUAACCCUCCGCGAGCGCGAGUGUCGGCCAUUUCUAAUCUCGCGCUAAAUUCUUGCCCUCGCAUUUGCCGCGUGCCACGUAAGAUAAUCUUUUUAUUAACUCGCGCUGUUGUACAAGAAUAGAAUUAAUUCACGUGAAUUUAACACACGUCAGAAGAAAACGAGAGAAAAGUAUAUUUUUAUCAGUUAUUCAGUUAUUAUGCAACGCAUGUGCAUACAUGUGCGAUUUUCUUAAAUCAUUUUUAGACUGUAGAGUUGGUUUUAAAACUCCGAUAAAACUCCGAUAAAACUCCGAACUUGAUUUGCGAAUCUGCUUACUGCUGAUAAAUCUCAUCUACGUUAACGUCGUUAACAUUAAUCUCAUCACGUUUUGAGCGUGCAAACAAGAGAUAAUUUCAAUAAUAACUAUUUGUUUUCUAUUAUCGAAAUUUACUGUUUUCCAACCUUAUAACCAACAUCAACGCAUGUAGCAUCACACAGCAUGGUGAAAUAUUAAAGAGAUAUUCAGUUGUAGUCAUUUUCGUAUAACCUAUGAUCUAAUAUUGCUAAAAACAACUGAAAGCAAUACGCAUUAUGUUCGUAAAAUCGUUCUUUGCUGCAUUCACUUAAAACUUCGUAUCGCUAUGAACGAUCGUGGCCCUUCCUCACAUAUGCGAAAGUCAGGAAUAUAGGACAGAAAUGGAUCAGUUUCCAUUACCGCCUCAUUUGCCAGAUGCGAAGUCGACCCUCCAAAGGAAUAUAACCCAUGGAGGGUCAACGUAAAAAAUGCGUUCUCGGAACAUGCGGAAUAGCUGUGCGCCAUGAAGCAACUCGGCAAACGGGACACACCUUACUGCUCCCCGAAUACUAGUCGCACCCUCCGUCGACUCGAGGACGUUUUCAAUCAAGGGACAAUCAUCCCUCGACGAGCAAUCCAAGUUCCAUCGGAUCAGCCCGUCGUUCCCCCGACGAGUUACGCGGCUAGAUUCGUCCUCCUGCCCCCUCGCCGUUUCAUCCCCCGCAGCAUUCUUAUUCGAACAACGACAGGAAUAACUUCUGCUACACCCUUCGCGAUGGUGCCCCUGCAAGCCGCGAAUACGCACGCGAGAAGUGUAAUAACGUUAUUCUAUGUGUCGAACGAAAUUGGAUGAUGCUCUCUCGGAAUGAUCGGUUCUCGCAUGUUUCUUCAUUCGAUUUCAAAAGUGACUCGAAAGUGAUUCCCGUACUGUUUCGAAUUUUCCAUCAGCGAAAGUGAGCAUUUUACACCGACGUUUACACCGGCGUAAAAAUCUCUUUUACCUUGAACUCGACAAAACGGCUCAAAAUUAGAUUCACGUUUUGGAUAUUCGGAUAUCUUAGAUUUAAUAUCACGGAUAUCUUGGAUUUUCCUUCUUACUCGCGAGUUAAGCGGCGCCAGCACGAAAUAUUUAGUACAAACAUUCUUACUGAACAAUCACUUGUUCCACACUUGAUAUAACAAUCUACAGAGGUAAGCUCUGCGGUGAUUCGUGAGAAACUAUAAGAAUAAUACGCACAUUACUGAUCGAACUAAUUUAAAAGCAAUUUAUCAGUUUCCAGAUAUCAAGAAUCGUGCAGAAUGGUGCAACCGGAACAGGUUGUUACCGAUUUGCGUGCGGACUUCGACAUGUGUAUAUAGAUGUAAUACUCUGUGUGUGCGUAUUAUGUCGGGUGUGUUUGAGGAGACGCACAUCCGACACACACAUGCAAGAACCGCGGGGCAAUACGUAAAAGAAAAUGACGGAAGCUAACCAUCACAUCGCUCGGUAUUUUAUUAUUGUACGCUGAAUUCGAGAUGGAAUUUAUAAUAAUUAUUCGCCGCGAAUAGCUGAAAUGGUAUCAAAGAAUUCACUGAUGCUAAUGCGCAAUUUCGAAAAUGCCUUGUUUUAAUUCAUGGAAAAUUUCCGCCGAAAAUAGAUGAUUUCAUUUUAUUAAAUUAAUAUGAUGAAGAAUAUUAUAGAAAAGUAUACGCAUAUAAUGUUAUUUUUAUCAAAUUUCAUAAAAAAGAGAUAUAUUUAAAAUCUUCAUGCAAUAAAGUUAGAAAAAAAAAUAUUUAUCUCUAUAAAUCUUUUCAUAGUUUCGAUUGUUUGUUACAACCAUCAACAGUUACUUUACUUAUAUUUUUCUACGAUUGUGUAUCUCUUCGUAACAUUAUUAAAUCGGAAACAAAAUUUAUAAAAUAUCAAGUAGCUUUAAAUAAUGUCUAGAGCUUUUUUCUCUUAGAAUGUUAAUGUUACACAAUUAAUAAUUUUAAUAUUUCAUUGUUUUAUGUCUCUUCUUGGAUCAGUCGUACCUAGUCCAUUUAUAAUGAUAUGAGACAAACGAAAAAUCAGGUUGCCUAAUUUUCCCGUUAAAUAAUCCGUUGCGAAUUCAUUAAGAAGUUUCACCAUUAGCGCGAUGGGAGGAAAGUGGAUACAUGAUCGCAUCGAAUUUGCAUAUUCUCUCAUAGUCUAAAUCUCAUUUGCUUACUCCAGUUGUCGAAAUAAAACGGUGAUGAAAUCGAUCGUCGUGCAACUCGAGCAAUCCUUUUAGCAAUUUACUGAACCGGAACCAGAUCCAGGUCAGAUGAGCAAUCGAAACGUCUGUUUACGUUUAUGGAAAUGUCAAUAACGAGUUAAACAGCUAUUAGGUGACAAGCAAAACACACGUAAAAACCAACUUAAGGAUUUUUAUCGAUUAUAAUAAAUGAUACGAAAUCGUCUCGAGUUUCAUUAGAUCAAGAAUUUAAAUGCACGGGUACAAAUCUAUUAUACAAUCGAUACAACUUUUAAUAAUAUUUCCAGUUUCGUAUGAUGAAUAAAAACACAAUAAUUCAACGAAUAUCAUUCGUACUACAGCGGGAAAUUUCAACUUUGUGAAACUUAAUAUAAACUUUUCCCUUUUAUCUACAUAUAAUGAAAUUAUACCGAUAAUAGAUAUCGCACGUCUAUUUUUCUAUCGAAUACGAAUAGCGAAUCGGUCUUUUCUGAUGCUGAGCGCGAAACGAGCACGUUGCUACCAUUUACGGUCUUACAAUUUUCCGCCACCUCGGCUGCCGUUUCUCUCCGACUUUAAUCGCUUGCUCGACAUCGUUCCGAUAAUACGAAUUGAUGACGUCGCGUGUCGAACGCUCGGCUCACUGGAGUCCAUUAAGAUCUCACAUUAUGUGUCGCGAAUCAUGCCUCGAACGCUUUAAAUCGACUAGCACACUAUUGCAAUUUCGUGAUUACACAACGGACAAUCAUUUACGGACUUCCGUUAAUGACGAAGUGAUUUGUGAAGCAAGAAAAGGAGUGUAUCAUCGUCUUUUCAGGAAUCGUUAUUCCUAUUUUCCAGGAAAUAAUUUGUAUGCUGUUUGCCAUCUUUUUCUUUAAUUUUAUCUCUAUUUACGAUUCUCUUAUUCUCGGUUACUUUUUAACGCGUUUUCGCUUUAACACUCGUGGUAUUAUUUUUUGUAAUAUUUUUCAAGCGCGCGUCUGCUUGCGACUUUGAUGUUAACUAAAUCGCCAGAUUGCGUUGUUUGCGCAGUUGUAACAGUCGUUUGCAACCGCGAGCUGUCAUGAUCCAAUUAUCCUGGACAUACGCAACACGUCGUGAAAAACAAUGCCGAGUGCGAUGAAUGAUGGUUGGCAAUGAGAUGGACGAAAAAUACGAUUUAGUAGUUUGUCGAAUGAAUGGCAAAAGCAAUACUGUGUAUGUGAAUGCGUGUAUGUUAUUACGAUAGUGUGUAAACCGUGCGGAAAAGAAAGAUAAGUGUGUAAGCUACCUGUGCCUUGUAACAAACUAUAUAUGUAUGUAUAUAUGCAACACACGAGGGAAGAAACUUAAAUAUACAUUAUAUAUAUAUAUAUAUAUAGAUACACAUGAUACACUCACACGUACAUAUACACAGCCAUACAUAUACGUACACAAACGAGAUACUCUUACGAUAAUCUAUUUAAACAAUCGUUGCCGUCUCUUCUGAAACAAAAACCCCCUCUCAGAAUUUCAUUGCAGCGUUCACAGAAAGAGAGAGAGCGAGAGAGAGAGAGUGAGAGAGAAAGAGAGAGAAAUACGAAUAGUGUGUGUGUGUGUGUGUGUGUGUGUGUGUGUGUGUGUGUGAGAGAGAGAGAGAGAAAUACAUAACGGAGCAAAUGCGAAACGAAGAAGUAAAAAGAAAUGAAAAGAUAUGUUGUUGAAUAAAAUAGCAAUAAUCGAAUUUUCAGACUGAAUUAUGAUUGAAUAUUAUACCGCAAGUCUUUGUUGUCGCGACGGCGACGCGCGAGUGUGUUAAUUAUUAUAAAUACUGUUACAGUGUCUUGCUACCACUGGGGAGAUUAAAAUAAAAUCUCGAAGCUCGAAA